CACGUACUUGCUGGUCGUAUACAGACAUACUGGGCCCGUCCGUAUCAGUGAAGUCUGUUUGUCAGCCAUGUCACUGAAGCAUGCACUCACACCAUACAUAGAAAAGUCGAUCACAGAGCUGACCAGGUAGGUCAUUCGGUCGUCGAUCUCAUCGCAUCGCGUCACUGACUGACACACAUGGUCACUCCUCCCCCCCUUCUUCGCCGCCCCCUCCUCGCCUCCUCAACUCAGCCGCACCGACGGCAGCCACCUCUGUCGCCUCGCCCAUCGAAGACACGGGGCCGUUCAUCUGCCCACCACCGCCCGCCGCCUUCUUGCUUCUCCUCUGUGCCGCCCUCUCCUUGUCCUUCUGCCGCUUCAGCUCCCAGGCCCGCUGUUUCUCCUCGAAAAUGAUGAAGAGCACCACCUCCAUGAGCAGACACACAAAGGCAAAGCAGGCCGACACGAGCGCCCGCGUGGUGAUGCUCUCCACCUCCAAGUAGACGCACAGGUAGUAGCCAGCCAGGAAGGACCCCACCAGGCAAAGGAUGAAGUUGCCGGCGAGGGCGAGGGAGCCCCGGUACUGCUGCACCGUCUCCCCACCCAACACACCGCCACCGCCACCGCCAGCACUCCCACUUGCAGUGACCUUGUGGAUGGACCGCUGAUAGGCCGCCUCCUCCCGCCUCCGUCGGAGUCUGUCCAUCUCGCUGAGGUUCUCCUCCCCAUCGCCCUCUGUCGACCGCCGCACCACACCUGCACCGUCCAUCAGCUCGUGCAGCUUGACGUGGUGUCUGGCGGGGAGAGGCGCGUUGUGCUCCUCGACCAGCUGGAUAAGAUGGUCCAACUCCACUGUAGCAGGUGUAUUCGGAGAGUGUGCCAGGCACUGCCGUGAGGCCGAUGAUGAUUUGCGGAGGAAGGCCCGAAUGGGCGGCGUCACCUCGAUGAACAACUUCGCCAUUGCUCGCUGCUCAAUGCGUAGGGCCAAGCUGGUGGGAGAUCAUGCCAUCCAGCACUGAGAAGCCUCGAAGUCCCUCCCCUCUCUCCUUCCUCCUCC